AUGGGCGGCUACGCGGAUCCCUUCAUGCCUCCGCAGCCGGCGUCGUCGUCGUCGUACGCCGUGCCGCAGGGCGGGCAUGGGCAGCCGCAGCCGCAGCCCGCGCCGCGCCCGCCGGGCUGUCCGUACUCCUCCUCCGCCUCGGCUCCGCCGGUUUCCACGUCCUACCAUUCUUUGCCCCCCGCGGCGUCACCUCCGCCGGUAAGUAGCCCCCCUCCGGCCUCCCCGCCACCCGAGACACUGCCGUCACCUCCUCCAGCAUUGCCUUCGUCGCCGCCACCGCCGGCAUUGUCGCCUCCGCCGCCCGACGCGCCCCCUCCGUCGCUUCCACCGCCGUCCCCAUCGCCCUCGCCGCCUCCCGCCGAGGUUCAGGCGCCACCGCCGCCGAUGGCGGCUGACCAGCCACGCGUACAGCCCCGCGUGUACCCGUCACCGCCACCUCCGUCCCUCCCCCCGCCGCCGCCAGUAGUCCUCUCGCCACCAGCCCCGCCUCCAUCCCACCCACCAUCGCCAUCGCCUACGCCAGCUCCAGCUCCAGCACCCACGCCGGUUGCGGCCUAUUCGCCUCCCCCGCCAAGAAUUGCAUCUCCCCCGCCGCCGCCGCGGCAUCAUACCAAGCCACAUUAUGCCCCGCCGCGCUCGCCUGGGAGGCCACACUCAAACUCGACCCGCUCAAAUGGCAGCGGCAAGAACAUCGAAAUAUCGAGGGAAACUGCCACCACCAUUGUAGCAAUUGCCGGUCUUGCAAUGCUCAGCUUCAUCGGUGCCACCAUUUGGCUUGUCAAAAAGAAGCGACGGCGGGCAGAGCCUCCCUCAGCACUGCCGAUACAGCAGCAACCAGCUCCCCCGCCGCCACCACCCAAUUACAUUCCCUCGUCUGCUGGAUCCUCACUAGCAUCAGAUGGAUUCUACUUACGAUCACCGGGCUAUCCCUUCAUGAGGUCCAGUACUGGGAGCCAUGGGUUCCCCUACUCGCCGGCAGACUCCGGGAUAGGGUACUCGAGGAUGCUGUUCACGCCGGAGAAUUUGGCAGGAAUCUCAAAUGACUUUUCGGAUGAGAACCUCUUGGGAGAAGGUGGAUUUGGGUGUGUGUACAAGGGCAUCUUGCCAGAUGGUCGCCCUGUGGCUAUCAAGAAGCUGAAGAUUGGGAAUGGGCAGGGAGAGCGUGAAUUCAGGGCCGAAGUUGAUACUAUCAGCAGAGUACAUCAUAGACAUUUGGUUUCACUAGUAGGCUAUUGCGUAUCAGAGGGCCAGCGGAUGCUUGUAUAUGAUUUUGUUCCCAAUAACACACUUUAUUACCAUCUCCAUGUAAAUGAAGUACCACUUGAUUGGCGUACGAGGGUCAAGAUUGCGGCCGGAGCAGCUCGUGGAAUUGCUUACCUGCACGAAGAUUGUCAUCCACGGAUUAUUCAUAGAGAUAUUAAAUCAUCUAAUAUUUUGUUGGAUAACAACUAUGAAGCUCAGGUUUCCGAUUUUGGACUUGCAAGGUUAGCGGCCGACUCCAACACACAUGUCACAACACGUGUCAUGGGAACGUUUGGGUAUUUGGCUCCAGAGUAUGCAUUGUCCGGGAAGUUGACAGCAAAAUCUGAUCUAUAUUCUUUUGGAGUUGUUCUUUUGGAACUUAUUACGGGAAGAAAACCUGUUGAUUCUUCUCAGCCGCUUGGAGAUGAGAGUCUUGUCGAAUGGGCCCGGCCCUUUCUCUUGCAAGCAAUUGAGCAUCGAGACUUUGGAGACCUUCCUGAUCCGAGAAUGGAAAACAAGUUUGAAGAAAAUGAGAUGUAUCAUAUGAUAGGAGCUGCGGCUGCAUGCAUUCGUCAUUCUGCGGUGAUGAGACCACGGAUGGGCAGGUGGUUAGGGCACUGGAUAGUUUAG